AGCUAGCUCUUCGGCCGGCUAUAUACGUGUAUCAGCACACGCCUGUUGUGCUAGUCGUCUUUCUUUUGAGAGAGCAUGAGUUCCUGUCGAGUAUACAUCGGGCGGCUGUCCUACCAGGCAAAGGAGAAAGACGUGGAGCGGUUCUUUCGCGGAUUCGGUCGCAUCAGAGACAUCAAUCUCAAAAACGGCUUUGGCUUCGUGGAAUUUGAUAGUCCCAGAGACGCAGAUGACGCCGUCUUCGAGUGCAACGGACAAGAGAUGUUGGGGGAGAGGAUCAUAGUGGAGCAUGCCAGGGGGAGCUCUGCAGGUUAUGGUGGAAAAUACGGUGGUGGUGGUGGUGGUGGUGGUGGUGGUGGCGGCGGUGGCGGCGGCGGCGGAAGAGGAGGUGGCUAUGACAGAGACAGGGGCAGAUAUGGAGGAAGGCGAGAUCCUGUGUGGCUUGGAAACGUUGCUCCGUUUAUUUCACACCAGGUACGGCCCACCGACCCGCACAGAGCACCGCCUAAUAGUGGAGAAUAUCUCGAGCCGUGUCAGCUGGCAGCUGUCUUCUGUUGUUUGCCAAAGGACCUGAAGGAUUUCAUGCGCCAGGCCGGGGAGAUCACCUAUGCCGACGCACACAAGCAGAGAGUUGGAGAAGGAGUUGUGGAGUAUGCAUCUCGUGAGGACAUGAAGAGUGCCAUCAGGAAGUUGGACGGAACUGAGUUGAAUGGUCGCAAGCUGAGGCUGAUCGAGGAACGAGUUGGCUCCUCUCGUCGCAGGAGUCGAUCCCCCCGCUCAAGAUCUCGUUCCAGGUCGCGCUCACGUUCCAGGGACAGAAGCAAGAGUCGAUCUCGGGACAGGAGCCGCAGUCGGUCCAGUUCCAGAUCCCGGUCUCGUUCCAGGUCCAAGUCUCGCUCGAGGUCAAAGUCCCCGAGAGAGCGUCGGAGGAGGUCUCGGAGCCGCUCCAAGUCAAAGGAGGGAUCGGAAACGAGACGCUCUCGUUCUCGCAGCAAGUCUCCUGUCGACGGAACCACCAAGACUGGGAAAGAUGAGCAGGCCUCUCGCAGCAGGUCCCGGAGCCGUUCCCCCAAGAAAGAGCGUCCCCGUUCCAAGUCACCAGACAAGGGGAAGAGUGGUUCUCCAGCUCAAGAUGAGGAGAUGAGGUCUGGCAGCCCCUCCCCCACUCCCGUUGCCAAGGACAACGGACUCGAUGACUGACUAGCUGCAUUUCUUAUAUCUGAGCUUUGCUGAUGUACUUUUUGGUAUGAAAUUAUUGUUGGGAACGGCUUGAGUAAGAUUAUUCAGAUUACGCAAUCUCGCCAAUUCCAAAUAAGGCUCACCAAGAUGGAGGUAGACGGUGUACCCGGGGAUACGUCGCCAGGCGCUGUUGACGGCGAUUAUAGAACUGAAGAUGCCAUUUCCAAGUCUAGUCUUCUCGGAGCGCCAUCUCGACGCAGAGAAAACUAUUCCCUUGCUUGUCUCUGGGCAGAAAUCAAGUGAUACAGCAAGUACAUAGUGCCGGUGGUGGUGGGGAAUGUGGUGGCCAUUGCAGUGAUCUUGGUGGUUGUUCUGCUGGUCACUCAGACUGGGAAGUAGGGACUCAAGCCAGCCGCUUUGUGUCUGUGUGUGUGUGUGUGUAUAAUUUGGGUGGGUCGCAAAACUAUUGUAGGAUAAUAACAAAUCUAGACCACUAUUUUGUGUCACUUUUUAUACCUUCCUGGUUGGUUUUGUUCAUACAGCAAUAUUAAUUGUAUGAAAAUGAAGGAGCUAGCCCAAAGCCAUACUGGCAGGCUAGUUACCUGAAAUUUUACAUUAUGCUGUGUGAGUCUUGUCCUCCGUAUCUUACGAGGACUAGGAGAGAUGUAUAUAUGUCUGGGCGAACCUUAAAGUGUGAGUUGCGGAUCACUGAAAAGCUAUGUUUCUAUAGCUCUUCAUCGUGCAAGCUGGAAAGAAAUAAGCCAAGAAAUGGGUAACGCGAUGGGGUUUUCACGCAUGUCUAGGAGAACAUGGUGAAGCAACACAUGCUAUAGCGCU